UGAAUGUGCAUGGGAGCAUUUAUUUUCCAAAUUAGACAAUGCUUUACGUUCAGAUGAUCAAAAUUGUUUUAAAAUUUUGGAACAAAAACUUGGAGGAACUAUAAAAACAGCAACAAUAUCUAAUAGAAAAGGAAUUUUAUUGCGUUCCCCAGCAGAUUCUAAAUCAUUAAAUUAUCGUCCAAUUUCUUCAAUAAUGUCAAAUAAUAAUCAACAAAAUGGAGUAAUUCCUUCAAUAAUGUCACAAAGUGUUGUGGGAAAUUUUGCAUUUUUUGAAAAUGAAAAAGAAGGAAAAGAAACUUCUUCCCCAACAAAACUUGUACAUUUAGCUAAAAAUAGACCUAAACCUGCACGUUUACAUCGAAAGAAAAAAUUGGAAGAAACUGAAGAAGAGGAGGCUGUUAAUGCUUUAGAUGAAGUUUUGGCAAAGGAGGAAGUUGAUACUUUAGAACAGACUCCAAUUAUCAACUCCUCUCCAGAGCCUUUCCCUUCUGCCCUUGGACAAUCAUUAGAACGUUCACCUUUAUUACUACAACAACGUUUGAAAAAUGUUGAAGAAAAUCAAGAAAAAGAAGAACAACAACCACCUCCACCAAUUCCUUCAAAGAGAGGAACAUCAUGUGAAAAUUCAAUUCCCCCAAAAUUGCCCCCAAAACCAUCACCGCCAAUGGGGGAUGUAGAAAAUCGACGAAAUAAACUUUUGGAUGAAGAACAGGAGGAACAAGAAUCUUCUUCAUUCAUUUAA